GGGGCGUUGUUACACAACAGCUGCAGCUUUGUCACUUAAAGAACUCUGACGCCGUUAUAAAAUUUGGAUUGGCAAAUCCAAACAAUUUUAUUCUGUUUGAACAACAAGUAAAUAGAUUUACAAACAUCAAUUUGCUUAAGAAAAAUGAAAUUAACAACCGACAAAAAAAUAAAAGUUGUAUCCAGCAUAAUUGCAAUAAUAUCUGUUUUAAAAAAAAGAAGAAAACAACCGAAAAUUAAAAUGAAAAGGAUUCGCAAAGUAUGGAGUCAUGAUUGGCUUCUACAAAGGGAUUAUGGACUGGGGCUCGCUUCAAUGGUUAUUGACGAAAUGCGUUUGGAAGACCCGGAUGCGUUUAACGAUUUCGCAAGAAUGACAUGGCCGACCUUCUCCGAAUUACUGGAAAAAGUGUCCCCUAUAAUUACCAAGCAAAAUACUUUAAUGCGGGAAUCGAUCUCGAGCAGUGCAAGAUUGCUUUUGACCAUACGGCAUUUAGCAACUGGAGAAAACUACACACAAUUGGCCUAUGGAUUUCGCAUCUCCAAGGCUGCUAUUUCUAUAAUUGUUCCGGAAACUAUUAAUGCUCUUUAUUGGGUGUUAAAAGACGAAUUCUUUAAGGUACCGCGCACUGCAGACGAAUGGAAAAUAAUAGCCAAUGAUUUUGAGAAGAAAUGGAAUUUUCCCUUUUGUUUGGGUGCCUUAGAUGGCAAACAUAUUGCAAUCAAGAACAAAGCUGACUACGGAUCAUUAUAUUACAAUUACAGGGGAUUCCAUAGUGUAAUAUUCACGGCUGUUGUGGACGCAAAUUACAAUUUUUUGCACAUAAAUAUUGCUUCCAACGAAAGGGCAAAUGAUACUGCCAUUUUCACGGAGUCAUUUUGUGAUGAGAUACCGAAAAACAUCUAUGAUUUUCCACCUGAUGAUUAUUUGGAAGGCAGCAAAAAGAAAGUUCCUUUUGUUUUCGUUGCGGAUGAUGCUUUCCAGUUAUCGCCAAGGGUACUGAAACCGUAUGAGAAGAGGUUAUCAAAUGCCAAUAAAAUAUUUAAUAAUAGAUUAAACCGUGCACGAAGUGUGGCUGAAAACGCUAUAGGAAUGUUGGCAAAUAAAUUUCAAAUAAUUCAAAAAGAAUUAGACUUGCCUAUUGACAGAGUAGAAAAAUUGGUAUUGGCAUCGUGCGCUUUACACAAUUUUAUUCUGCAACGUGAUGGGUUGGAUUCACAGCUCAUUGAGAGCUGGCGUGAAGAAGUAAGCCUGACUGAUCUUCAGAGAUGCCAAAGUAAUCGUUCAAGGGAUGAGGGGAGAAUGGUGCGCAACACGUUUGCUGAAUAUUUCAAUAAACAGAAUGAUACAGUACAAUAAUUACAGCUUUUAUUUAAUGUGAUAUCGAGGAUGGUUAGUUAUUACUCCUUCUUAUGUUGGAGUGGGAAAGAGUUUUUUUUAAUUAUUAGAAUAAAACAAAUACAAUGAAUUUUAACUAAGAUUAGAUAAUAACUUU